UGCGGCAGAGCAGGUUAAUUUGACUUUUGAGUUGUGACCACGCCAUGGAAAUUUUGAGUUUGACGCAGUUUGUCGAUCGGAGCUGAAACCAAAGGGAUCAAAAAGAACGAAUCGGUUGGAGAAUGUAAUGGGAAUCUUAAACAAUAUUAUUGUGGCAUGAUUUUAAAAAGUUGAAGUAGAGUCUGAAGUUGUUUCCUAGUAGAUUGAACGUUUCAAGGCUGAAUCACUUGUUCAGUUGCCGCCAUGACAGAAGGUGCAUUAAGUUGGAACAGUGAAGCAAGGAUUGGCGAAGGAAUGGCUGCAACAGAUAAUGUGAUGCUUCAUGAACUGUAAUUUUGCUCCAGAAAUUUUAACUUUGUGUUUCAAGAUUGCAUUGUGCUGCAAGUGUGGAUUCUGGCUGUAUGAAGAGAGUUGAAGACAAGAUUAUUUUGCUCAUCUAAAGGAAAUUUCCAGUAUACUUGUGUAAUCAUCACCGACGUUUGGAAAAUGCCGAUCCUAAAACAGUUAGUGGCCAGCUCCAGUCAGUCUAAGCGUCGCUCCCGAGUGGACUUGACUGCAGAUAUGAUCAGUGCACCUCUCGGUGAUUUCCGCCACACAAUGCAUGUGGGUCGUGGAGGUGAUGUCUUUGGAGACACAUCGUUCCUCUCUAGCAAGGUUGGAGCGACAGCUGCUGCUCCUGCUGAAGCAACCCCUAAACCAGGUUUGCUCUCUCGGAAAUUCAGAAGCAGCAGUAAGCGGUCUCAGUCUGUAACACGCGUUGACAAGCAGGAUAUACUGACACAAAGUGAUUCUGCUUUUUUUGUGAAAAAUGCAGUAUCCCUUCCUCAGCUAAAUGAUAAGAUUGUGGAGCCUACUAAUCAAUUGGCAAAGAGCCUUUCGUCAAGCCCCCUGAAAAAGCUUGCAAAUGAAGACACUGAAAAUAAACCGGUUAAUGGGGCUGCUGGUGGAGUUGAAAGUAAGUCUAUGGAAUAUCAAGAUGAGAGAGAUUUUGGAGAUAUCUCGGACCUUCCCACAUCUCUGUCCAGUGGUGGGUUUCCACUGACACAUGCUGAGUCCAUCAUGUCCUUCCAUGUCGAUCUUGGUCCUUCAAUGCUUGGUGACAUUUUGAGUGUUAUGGAAAAAGAUACCUGGGAAAAUAAUACUGAUCUUGGUUUGGGAGAAGUCAAGGAAAGUGACUAUUCAAAUUUGAAGAAGAUGACUACAGAAAAGUUUGUGGAGGAUUCCUCAAAAUCAGCAACUAGUUUGCCUAGUACUGUUAAAGGUGUUGCAUAUAGCCCAGGUUCUGGUAGUUGCAUAUCUCAAGGUAGUGGCUCUGUGUCAAGUUUGGCAUCUGGGACAACAGAAGAGAUGCAGUCAGUUUAUGAAGGAGUUAGUCAUGGAAAUACAGAUAGCAUGAAAAAUACAGGUGAAUCGACAGAUGCCUUCAAAGAGGAAGAAAAUGAAGGUGAGGAAUUUACCUUCAUGGAUGAAGAGGAUGAAAUCCGUGUAUAAAAAUUGGCCUUCAAUAUAAUUAUUGACUUUAAAGAGCAAGAUGAAAUUUGCCGGACCUAGCAUUUGCUGAGUUAAUGAAGCAUGGCAGGAUUGCACUAGACUUUUACACCACAGACUCAAAAUUCUUUCUGUAAUAGAAGCUGUAACCAAAAUUCUCCAGUCCACAUAAACUAGCAGUAUGUGCAGGUACUCCUCAUGACUUUGCUUGUUUUGGUUGAUCAGAAUAAAUUACAUAAAAUGCACAUCCCAAGUAGUGCAAGUAAUUUUUGUGGUACCAUUUGUAGAUAGUGCAUACCAUUGUUGAUCUUGCAUUGUUGACUGUAAAUAUUGUGAUCAAAAAUGAUAUGCCCCAAAAGAUGUAGUUUAUUGAUCUUUUCUGUAGCGUGCCUUUAGAAAUUCUGGUUUAGGGUGCUCCCAAACUUUCAGUUGCCUCUUUCUGCUUCCCUGUUGUUCAUUUGGUAAUUUUAGGGUAGAUCUUUUAUAUAUGCACAUGAAGUCCUGUGUACGGAUGGAUACAUGUCGCCAACCUGUUGGAUGCCAGAUUUUUACAAAUUUUAAGAUAAUGUAAUUCAUUUUUUUCAACAGCUGUUUGAUUUAAAUCUGUCUUGAAACCUGCCAUCCAGAAGCACGGUGGCUUGUGACUAUUUUUGCAAAGUUAAAUGAAAGUGGGUCAAUUUUACCAUCAAAGGAAAUUAACUGUAAAAAAAAAAUUGUAAUAUAUUAUCUGCUGAAGUGUUCCAGUAUUAAGCAUCCGUAUAGAUCCAGCAUCCAUUCCAUAAAUGAGUAUAUUUCCCGGUGCUUCAUUAACUGUGAAACAUUUAUGAUGUUGCAUAAAUGUAAGUUUGUUUAAUCAUUAAUAAUGAGAAAUAAGUUCUUUUGUUUUACUGCUCUGAAACUCUUAACAUUUUUUAAGACUAGUUUCCUGACAGUUGUUUCAUGCCCAACUCGUCAAUUUUUUGCAUUUAUCUCCAAACAUUACUUUUCACCAAGUAGUUCUUAAAGCUACAUUUUGCACAUUCCAUAGAGAUUUGGGAAUUUUGCAUCAACACAGCACUAUACCAGUUUAUGGAAUUAAGUGGAAGGGAUUUUUCAAAACUUCCUUUUGCUUAGGAUAUAAGUUUGGCUAAAGAUUUAAUUUAUUUUUCAAGAUGUUUGAUAUUUAGGACUUUGGGGUGUUUUAACAGCUUUCUUUACUAUAGUUCAAACAAAAUCUUUGAGAUAAAAGGUGACGUACUUUUUUAUGUGCAUAGAAUAGAUUGAUUAUGGGCAAACUUCAAGAUGUGUAUCUAAAUUAUGCCUCUGCAUUCUUGAAGCAUAUUGCUGAUGAACUUGCAAGUAGAAACUCUAGUGUUUUGUAGGUACAAUUUUAGCAUCAAUAUAUAGAUAUUCUCAUUUAAAUGGCAAAUCUGGAACCUAUAAAAUAUUAUUGCAGGCAUUAUACUGAAUUUACAUGUCUAUCUUGAAACAAGUUUUCAGUGCAAGAUACACUAGCAAUGAAAAUAAAGAAAUUUUAAGUUUCCUCUACCCGGUACAUUCGUAGUCAAAGGAUUGUAAUGAAAGCAAAUUAUUUCUACAGAAGAACACUAACCACUACUUUAUCACUAAUUUCAAUAGACCAUAUUAAUUUUUUUGCACUUUUAUAACAUUUGGGGUUAAUUGUGAACCCAUUCAGGAGUGGUAGCAUUUGGAAACAUCACUACCUGUCUUAGCUCCACCACGUCCCAGUUUAAUUAUGAAGUGGAACAAAACAUAAGCAAUGCUUCCGUCAAAAAAAAAUGGACAUUUCUUAUAUAUAAAUCGGGCUCCGGUGGUAUUUCCUGAGCUUCUCCAAGCUUGGUGUUGCACGAUGACUGCUCAAGUGGACUGCUGGCAGAAGAUCCAAAAUUGCUUUUGGUACAUUGUAUUAAAGUGUGGUGUCUGGGUUGGAGGGAAGCAUACAGGGUGACACAAAUAUCUGAUCCUUUUGUAAUCUUUGCACUCACUUGUGUGUAUCUCUUCUAAUGGAGUCCUUUUGAUGUGGUUUGGGCUGAUUUCUGGUAACUGAGGGUAAACGUCCCUUUUGCAAUAUUUUAAGUCCCACCUGUAAUGCAACUUGGUCAUACAGUUAAUUGCCAAGCAUGGUGAAAUAUUGCAGUGUUAUUUAUUAAUUUGGCACUGCUCAGAGUUCACAUGUUUUUCUUGUUAAAUAAAUUGAAAUGGAGAACUAAACCCAUUCAUCUAUAAAUAACAUUGAUAUCAUCAUUAUUUAAACUUACUUUGCACUACAAUAAUGUUUGCCUUACCUUAGUGUAAUGGAGUCCUAAUACUUGUUAAUUUGAUUUUUUUUAAUCAGCCUGCAUCUGAAAAAGCUCUCCAAUUAAACAUUACUUUAUAUGACACGCUACACAAUUUGAGUUAUCGAAAGGCAGCAGUCUGAAGAGUGCUUUGUGCAUUUUUUCCAACUGCUUUCACUAUAACACAGUUAAAUGCAAUCCUGGUUGAGAAUAGAUUAUUCUCAUUAAAUGGCCAGAUAUGGUGGCACACAACAUGCUGCUUUAUCUUUUUUAUUGAAUAUUUAUACCAUUUUAUACAGUGUGUAAUGGCCUCAAUGUUGGAAUGUGAAUGAAGCAGGUCACUAGAAAGCUGUGCAGCAGCACGGUUACUUUAAUGUUUGUAAGCAAGUGUGUUUGUUAGUCAUUGGCCUGCUUUUGAGUGGUACAAUGUAAAAUUUUGAUCAACGCAUUGUUUUGUUCAAUACACGCUAGACAAUGCUCAGAUUCAAGCUGGCGGCUGUAUUUACAGCUGGAGAGUUGCAUUAACUGCAUGCUUAAUAGGAAAUGUGAAGGUUAACUGUUCCUUCUUUUAGGCAACUCCCAAAUAUUGACACUAAUUUGUUUCUUAACAAGAGCUGAGAUCAGAUUAUUUGAUGCAGUGCUAAUUGUAUACUUUGUGUAAUUUAGCCUCUAUUCUGAAUGCAUUUCAUUGUGUUUUUAGAAAGUUCUAUGCGUAAGUUGCAAAUUUACGAUCCCAGCUGCAGAACAUAAAACUUUCUUUUAAAGUUCUUCCAGCUACAAAUGUGAUUGUACAAUAUAGUGGUUUGUUGUGGAGAAAGAAAAUGUGACCAAAGGAUCCCAGCAAAAAGGCUGUAAUGGUGUUCUUGUGUGUUUUUGUUUGCUGGUUUGUCCGGUUUUUAAAAAAAUUUCAGUUUUGUACAUCUUUAAUUGUGAAAACGCUGGUGAUCUGAAAUGUACUCAGCAAGUAGGUAUCUGUGAUUUUUUUUGAUGUUUUGAAUAUGUGCUGUUCAGAGCAUACUAAUGCAUGGAUAAUGGACUGUGUUCUUGUACUCUAGAUAUGCAGGCUGACCUCCCAGGUACAGUUGCUGAUAAUACAGAAAAACAAAGGGGUUGAACAGAAAUGAUAUUGUUGGAAUAUUUUUACUGUCAAUAACUUGAUUUGGGAAAAUUGAGGAAAAGCAAAUAUUCAGAAAAGACAAUAGUUUUUGCGUUGGUAUCAAAUGAGGCCUAGAAUGUAAUGCACAAAUGAUUCGAAAUAUACCACUAAAGUGAUUUUGUAAAGUUAAAAUUGCACAUGACCUAUUUUGCUAGUAGUAUUUUAAUCCAAUUGUGUGCCAAAUAUUUAAAGGUAUCUUAAUGCUAAACAAAACUACAGUUAUGAAGUGCUGUCUUCUAUAUGCUGUCAAUCAUACUUAAAUAGAGGUAUUACAUAGUGUCUACAUAGACUGCUCACUGUGUAUGAUUUUCUAUGUAAAAAUGAAUGUAAAUAAACUGACAUUUUAAAGGUUUUAUUUUUGAAAUGUGUUGGUAUAAAAACUCGAGUAAUACUAUCACUGACUUCACAAAACAACCUGAUAUUUUCACAUAUUAUCACAUCAUUGUAACAGUAUUCAAUAAUUUGAUUCAUCUGAUUAUUUUUUUAGUUAAUAAACUGCCAGCAAAUUGGUUUCUUUA